AUGGCUCGUUCGGAGAACCUUGCUCGCCCUGAGGACCACAAUGGGUUCAAACCCGAAGCAACAUCAGAUUUCUAUGCCUUGGGAAUUGUCAAGCUCCAAAAUCAAUUUCGCACUGCAGGUCUGGACAAUUUCAAGCCUAUCAGCCCAGGUAUAAUGCAGUUGAAUGAGCAAAAUCAAGAAAGUAACAAUCAGAUGCAGGCCGAAGUUGAAGCUAACGAAAGCGGAAAUGAACUCAGUGACCAAUCAAAUGAAUCCAGCGAAGAAGGAUCCAAUUGA